AAAGUUUUCAUCAUCAUAAUGAAUAAUUAUGAUGCACUUUGAUUUCAGUGCGAUCAUGUGAUUGACUCUUUACAAAUCGAUUGCUCUUAAUAUCAAUCUGGAUCUUUUCUCUUCUCUUGAACUUGACUUAUAAUCUAAUAUUCGUUCAAAAGACAACUUUCAAUUUCUUCUUAAGAUAAUCCUCUUUCUUUAGACAAACCUUUCGAGUUUAAAGACCUUCCUUUUAUUAUUUAAAUAUCUUAAUUACCAAGAGUUUCGUUUUUUGUUCAAUCAACUUCUUUGACUUUAUGCUUUAAUUUAUAAACCCCAAAUUCAUUCAUCUCACUUAUGUCAAUCUAUCUUUAUGUCCCUUUAAGCUUAUACAUUUUGCAUGAUUAACUUAUAUUUGAUCGACUCAUCAUACGUCUAUGAAACUAUCUCAUAGAAUAUUACCUGGAAUUAAAUAUCUAUUCCGGAGUGAAAACUCUUGGCUGUUUCUUUUUUUCUAUUAAUCACUUACAUAGUCUAGUGAGAAAGUGCGAGAAAAUGAUCUUCAAUCUUAUAGAGCUAAGUCGAGGAAAUAUUUCAUAUUUUAUUCAUAUUUGACCUCAAUUCCAUUUUCCAAUAGCAUUUAUUCAUUUUAGUAUUGAUCACAAAACAAGAAUUUCUUAAAUAUCAAUCAUAGUUAAAUUCUGAUUCUGAUUCUGAUCUUAACAAUUUAUUUUGAUUAGAUUUAAUUAGUUUGGAUGAAUGGUGUAUGUUUGUCUCUAUUCUCGGGAUAAGGAACCAAUUCUGUAUCGUUAAGUAUUAGGGCUCUGCAAGAUUGAAUUGUUUUGUCAGAAUAUAUUUUCAUUGACAAAAUAUCUAUUCUAUUAAAAUGAUAUCAUUGUGUAUGUUUUGUUUUGUUGAAUUGACUUCAAUCUCUCUUAUCAAUUAUUGAUAUUUGAUUGUUACUUUUCAACUUUCUAAUCUUCAUUUGUGUAUUGAAUUAAUCUCUCAACUCAUUUGCAUCUCUAUCUCUGUAAUAUGAUUGCAACAACUAUUAAUAUACUCUUUCCAUCGAGUCUUAAAAUUUUCUUGUGUCAACUCACUACAAUUAAACUAAUUGUUAUUUCAUUUAUUGCUGAUACUCCUGCAGAGCCCUUUGAUCUUGACAUUUAUUUAUAUUGGUUCCUUUUUAAUAUCGCGUUAAAUGAUAAUUAUAUCAGAAUCAGAUCAGCUUAGUUCCGAUUUAUCUGUUCAGAUAAUUUAUUUUCUCAUUUUCAGCUUGGAAAAAAUUAAAUAAAACUUGUCAUCAUUUUGCAUACUCAUGCAUUUAAAAUCCCGUUUGAUUGAUAAAACCAUUAAACCGAGUUUCCUCUCAUCUAGUUUUUGGACUCAAUCAACAGCUAUGUUAUUAAAUAAUGACAAUAAAAUGUUAACACUCAAUACCCAAUUUGUUUGGGCAUCAGUGCAUAGCUUGUUUUGUAUCGCAUUGGAUUUUUGAAGAUGCGAUGCAAACACCUAAAGUUUAAUUUUUAAUUUUGAUGUAACCCAGACAUUGGAUUAGAUCUAAGAAAAUGUUAUUCGGAUGGAUUGGAAUUAACGGAAUCAGACAAGCCUGACAAUCAAAGAAAAAUUUAAAGAAAGUGCUUAAAUUGGAAUUAAGAUGAUCCAUUAAACAUAAAUUUAUGGUAUGGCUCAAGUCGCUCAUCCGAACUCUUUUCCCUUUAACCAUCUCUUCCCAUCUUCUUCCUACAUUCAUUACAAUCCUCUAACCUUAACCUUCUAUCUCUUCUUACCUCCCUCCUCCUUCUCUCUCUCUCUCUCUCUCUCUCUCUCUUCCUUUUCUCUCCCCUGGUUACCUGUGAUUCUACCUCAAUCAUUCACUUGACUCGGUUCCAAGUUGAAAGUUUUGUUUGGAGCCAAAUCAUUUUGCUGAAACUGUGAUUUGAGUCUAGAAGACACAAGAUUUACAACAAUUUAUUUUCAUUCAACUUUCUUUUAAUCUUCUUUUCUUACACCAAACCUUUUACUCUUUUCCAGUGAUCAUCAUCAUAAUUUUUAAUUCUUUUAUUACAACUAAUCAAACGGAUACUUAAUUGUCUAAACCUCAAUAUUACAACUUACCUAAUUCUGUUCUCUCCUCGCUUAUAUUAUGAUUUAACCUUUUCUUCCUGUUUCUAUAGUUGAUUUAAGUGUUUUUCAUCAGUUCACCGAGAAACACUUGUAAUGAUUUACUCUCUGAAUUGAUUAAUCAAUUAAUUUCUUUGCGAACGUGUUAAUCUUUUGUAAAUUACAUAAAUUUUAUGUGAUUAUUUGUUUCCUGUUAUCUAUUGGAUUUUAUGCGUAAAAGUUACAUCUUUUAAUUAUCAUCAUUGAAUCAACUUUUAAACUAAUUGUAACUUACCAUCAUGAACCAUUUAUCAAUCUUAAUUGUGUUUAUUUGCACAUUUUACUUAGCUGGAUUAACUCUAGCAGCUCGUCGAUCAGCGAGUAACGUUGCCUGUAGUCGCACCAAUUUAAUGACAACAAUUACGUUUCAACAACCAUUUUAUGGUUUGGUUUAUGCGAAAGGAUUUAGUCAAGAAUGUCAAAUGGACGGAAAUGGGACCAAGAUUAUCCAGUUUUCUAGUCCAGUCCAUAAAUGCGGCAUCAAAAUAUCAGAGAACAAGGGGUUGUACCAGUUCGAAUUGCAUCUUUAUGUCCAGUACGAUAAAAAUAUUCAGCAAUCGCAAGAUGAUCGGAUUCUUGUUCGUUGUGCUCCCCAAGAGAUACUAUUAUCUGGUGGAAUGGGUCGAAGGUCUGAUGAGGCCAUUUCUAAAUCGCCCAAUCUCAAGUCUCUCCAUGGAGAUUCGAGAAUCCAAAUCAAACCAAUGGACAAUCAUCAUUUCGCCGAAUCAACUGUUGCUUCUGUUGAAUGUUUCAUGGAUAUAUUCAGAGGACGAAUACCUCAUUUGAAGACGAUUGAUUCUCAUGUGAAUAUCGGCGAAGACAUAACUGUCUUGGUGAAAAUUAAGAAAAUGCUUGGAAUUGAUACCCGAUUAUCUCGAUGUUUUGCCCAUGAUAGAAGUAUGACAACCAAAUUCGAUUUAACAGAUGAAGAUGGAUGCACCCUGGAUUCUGUUAUAAUGCCUAAUUUCAAGGAGUUCGUUCAUGAUGGUGGAAAUACAAAAGCACUUUAUUCAACUUUCCCAGCCUUCAAAUUUCCCGAUCGAUCAAAUCUUCACAUUCAAUGUACUGUAGUUGUUUGUAAUACUACUUGUCCAAAGUUUGAUUGUCUCGAAAAACCAACUACUGAAUCAACAACCACCAUGGCACCAAUCAAGCAUCUCGCGAAGAGAUCAGCCAAAGUGAUUAGUAAAAAGUAUACAACUCAACCCAAUAUCGUUCGACGAAAAUCUCACAAUGGUAACUGGACAUUAACUGACCGACGGGACGUGAGAAAUAUUACUCGGGAUAAACUACUCUCUCAAAUUGGCAUUUCAACCGCUGUUGAUGUCGUUGAAAAUAACGGUAAUUCGAUAAAUAGUAAAGAAGCCAUUUACUACAAAGAAUCGGGAGUUUUCGAUGAGUUUUUCGGUGAUGAAGCCGUUUCUUGUUUCACUUCCCCUUCCGUUAUGCUCAGUUUGAUAUUAUUGUCGAGUUCGUUCCUUGCUGGACUUUGUUUCGCCAUUUUCAUGGGGCUUAAAGUUCAAUCACUCAAAAAGCAGCUUUUUAUUUACGAAAAUUUCCCUUCGACUGCCAACCAACACCAACACCAACACCAACAUUCACUUCGAACUUGUUUCCAUCCAUAUUAUCGCAAUGAUAUUCAUAAUUUUUCGUACGGACGAAUGGUUGAUCUCACAAUGGCCAAAUAGUGACCUUUUCACUGAUUUAUGGAUCAGAUUAAUACUCUUAUUUAUAACUAUUUAUUUUAUCACUACAGCAAUCACGAUUUUUACUUUUCUCAAGCUGUCAAAUAUUUAACUUAUUAAUUACAACUUACUUUGGAUAAUCAAUUUAUUUAAUUACAAUAAACUUUCCUAAUUACACCAAAAAUGAA